AUGGAGUUGAGUGACGAUAUAUAUGCCAAUACAGGAUUUAUUGAGGACAACAAAUCUGGUAGAGAUGAAAGUGGGGACUCUUGUGAAAACAAGACUGAAACAAGACUGAUGCCAAAGGGAAACUCAGACUCUCAGAGCCAAGGUAACCAUCUUCGGCAAGGAUGGGUGAUCUAUAAAUCCAGUCUGUACUACAUUUCCAAUGAGGAGAGGACCUGGUCUGGGAGCAGACAGUACUGCAGAGACAGGGGAGCAGACCUGGUGAUCAUAAACAGCAAAGAGGAACAGGAAUUUAUUAAAGGUCUCAGUGGGGAUAAGAAAGCUUUCAUUGGUCUGACUGAUGAUGUCACAGAAGGGGUGUGGAAAUGGGUGGACGGCACAGCACUGACCACUGAGUACUGGGACAGAAAGCAGCAGCAGCCUGAUAAGGAACAUGAUGAAAACUGUGUUACUAUUCAAUAUCAAUAUUCUUGUGACCGUUUGGAAACCUGGCAUGAUGUUCCGUGCUCUGGCAGAUAUUAUUUUAUCUGUGAGAAAGCUGUACAAUGA